AUGAGAACUGAGUUCACCGUGGACAUCUCAGCAUUCUGCUUUUGUCGUGGAGUUGUCUCAUUCCUUGGUGCUGUCGGACACGCCUUCGCCAUCCGGACAUUCGUGGCCAUGGGACUAAAAGACGGAGUGACCUUGUCCUUCCUGUUUCUCUCUGUCUCAGAUCUCUUGUACCUCAUAUCCAUCACCGCCGCCUCCGUCUCUUACAUAUUUCUAAGCAUCGAGCUGCUAUCCCAUUUCGCCGUUUACUUCCCCGUGGACCCGUACGGCCUAAACACAUAUUUCAUAAACUGUGGGAGCGGAUUUUACGCUAACACGAUGCUGACCAUAACAUUUUUAUCUAUAGCCCGUUGUUUAAGCGUGGCCAAGCCACUGUGGUUUAGAUCAAUUUUUGGGACUACGACAGUUUCCUUAGUUUGCUUGAUAUCUAUCUCGUCUUUCUGUUUAGUUACAAGCAUCCCGAUUCUCGUUUCUAUGGAAUUUAUGCCAGUCUUCGAACAAGGCAUCAAUACAACAAGGCUUACGCUUUCAUUCUCGGCAAAUUUAAAACCAGUGACGUAUAUUAUCUGGUUGCUUAGAGGAUCUUUUGUUCCGUUUGCCGUGCAGCUAAUCCUGAUUAUUUGCGUGUGUGUCAUGAUUCGGUUUUUGAGAAAAGCGGUGAAGUUUCGUCAAAAGCAUACGUCCUCAUCUCGAAUCACCCAUCGCGUCAAGGCGAAAAAAGGGGAAAGCACUACAAAUAAUCUUCAAGAGAACGUCAAGCUGACCAGAAGAGAGGUGCAGGUCAUUCGGCAGAUGUUGGUUCUGUCCCUUGUUUUCAUCGUCUGCAACGUCCCGAAGAUCUGCAUCAACACGACGAUAUUCGCCGUCCCCGAGUUUUCGGUAGACGGACGGUACGGACGGAUGUACGAGAGGGUGGAUAUCGUCAGGGAUGCCUUACAAAUCUUUAACUCGUGUUUUAGUAUUGUCAUCUAUUACAAAUACAACUCUAAAUUUAGAGCUGUGUUCUGCUUUUGA